UCAGCGCAGGGCAAGGCAGCCACCGGGUGGAUCAUGCUAUUGAUCGCGCUGCUGCCGCUGUGCUGCCGGGCAGCGCAGGAGAGGCUCCGUUACGCCAUCCCUGAAGAGCUGGGCAGAGGCUCGCUGGUGGGGCCGCUGGCACGGGACCUGGGUCUGAGCCCGGCGGAGUUGCCGGCACGCAAGCUGCGGAUAGUCUCUGGUGACGAAAAGCAAUACUUCAACCUCGGGGAAGAGAGUGGAAAUCUGCGGGUAAAGGAUAGGAUAGAUCGAGAGAACAUCUGCGGGGCCGUGUCACCCUGUGUCCUCAAUUUGGAGGCUGUCGUGGAAAACCCUUUCAAUAUCUUUCAUGUUGGCAUUACUAUCCAGGAUAUCAACGACAAUGCUCCACAGUUUGACAGGGAAUUUGUUGACAUAGAAGUGAUCGAGCACCGCUUCCUGGGGCCAGGUUUCCCCCUAGGCAGUGGCAGAGACCCCGACAUCGGAACUAACUCAUUACACUACCAACUUACCCCCAACCCUCUCUUCUCUCUUGUAGUAAGGGAGAGUCCUGACGGGACGAAAUAUGCGGAACUGGUAUUGGAGAAAAGCUUAGAUCGAGAAAAACAGAGAAAUCACCUUUUGAUAUUGACGGCUGUGGAUAGUGGGAAUCCAGUCCGAUCUGGGACCGCCCAGAUUAAUAUUUCUGUGACAGAUGCAAAUGACAACCCGCCGGUAUUCACCAAAGAGGUCUACAAGGUUCAACUUCAGGAAAACCUGCCAGAGGGCUCUUUAGCUUUUCAGGUGAAAGCUACCGAUAGAGACGAAGGUACAAAUGCAGAAAUUACCUACACUUUCAGUGACAUUGCAAACGGUGCUCGCCAGCUCUUCAGUCUAGACUCGAGAACAGGAGACGUGAAGUUAACAGGCCACUUAGAUUAUGAAGAAGGAAAAUACUAUGAAGCGAGUGUUGAAGGCAAGGAUGGGGGUGGACUGAGUGCUCAUGCCAAAGUCCACAUAAACAUUCUAGAUGCGAACGACAACGCACCAACACUUUCCCUCCUGCCUAUCUUGAAUCCUAUACCCGAAGACUCGGUCCCGGGCACAGUUGUAGCUGUGGUCAAUGUCCGCGACAGAGACUCGGGAGAUAACGGAAAAGUGAGCUGCAACAUUGACGGCGGUAUGCCCUUCAGACUAGAAUCGUCAUCAGGGAACACCUAUAAACUAAUAAUAGCCAGUGCCUUGGACAGAGAAAAGAUCUCUGCUUACAAUAUCACAAUCAGGGCCAGGGACGGGGGCAGCCCGGCGCUCUCGAGCAGCACGGUGCUGGUGCUGGAGGUGUCGGACGUGAACGACAACGCGCCGGUGUUCGAGGAGGCCGCCUACAGCGCCUACGUGGCGGAGAACAACGCGGCGGGGGCGCUGGUGCUGCACGUGAGCGCGCGGGACGCGGACGAAGGCAGCAACGGGCGCGUGAGGUACUCGAUGGAGGGCGGCAGCGCGGGCGCGGCGCCGUACGUGUCGGUGGAGGCGCAGAGCGGCGCAGUGUACGCGCAGCGCUCCUUCGACUACGAGCAGUGCCGCGAGUUCGCGGUGGUGGUGCGGGCGCAGGACAGCGGGGAACCUGCGCGGAGCUCGACGGCGACGGUGCGCGUCUUCGUGUUGGACCGCAACGACAACGCACCGCGGGUGCUGUGGCCGGCGGUGGCGGGCUCGGGGACAGGCCAGGCUGCAGCCUCAGUAGCAGCCCCGUUCGAGAUGGUGCCGCGGUCGGCCGAGGCCGGGUACCUGGUGGCCAAGGUGGUGGCGGUGGACGCGGAUGCGGGCCGCAACGCCUGGCUGUCGUACGAGCUGGUGCAGGCUUCAGAGCCGGCGCUGUUCCGCGUGGGGCUGCACAGCGGCGAGGUGCGCACGGCGCGGGCCGUGUCGGAGAGGGACGCGGCGAAGCAGAGGCUCGUGGCCGUGGUGAAGGACCACGGGCAGCCGGCGCUGUCGGCCACGGCCACGCUGCACGUGGUGCUGGCCGAGAGCUUGCAGGAGGCGCUGCCGGAGCUGAGCGAGCGGGCGGCGGGCGCCGAUUCGGCGGCGGAGCUGCAGUUCUCCCUCGUGCUGGCGUUGGCUCUCCUGUCCGCUCUCUUCCUGCUGAGCGUGGCGCUGGCCGUGCUGGCAAGGGGCCGCCGUGCCGGGCCGCCCGCUGUGCUGCACUGCCUGGGUGCGCAGCGCUUCUCCGGGACCGCUGGCGCCGCCUUCCCUGCCGACUUCUGCGAGGGCACCUUGCCCUACUCCUACAACCUGUGCGUGGCGCCCGGGCGCGCCGUCGCCGAGACCGCUUGGCCACCGCCGCCGCUUCCCAGCCUGCCCGUGGAGGAGCUUCUCGGCGCUGAGCCCUGCGGGGAGCAGAGCCUGAUCAGCAGCGCUGGCGCUGGAGAGCCGCCCGCGAAGCCCGACGCACCGCAGCCGGCUGUGCCGGCCGCUGGGCUGUCAGUGAGCGUCUCUGAGGUGCAGAGCCGUGCUGCAGUGAAACGGAAGGGGCAGGCGGCAGUAGCCGGCACCGGCGACACGGGCAGGGAGUCGUAA